AGUUACUUGGUGUUGGGCCUACAUAUUUGCUGAUUCAGCUGAAUGCUAAUUCCAUAAUUGGUGAUGGGCCUAUAAUUCUGAAAGAAGUAGAGUACCGGAUGACAUCUGGGACCUGGACAGAAACCCAUGCUGUAAAUGCACCAACUUAUAAGCUAUGGCACUUAGACCCAGACACUGAGUAUGAGAUUCGUGUCCUCCUUACCAGGCCAGGAGAAGGAGGAACUGGCCAGCCAGGACCACCACUUAUCACCAGAACCAAAUGUGCAGAGCCCAUGAGAACACCAAAAACUCUGAAGAUUGCUGAGAUCCAGGCCAGACACAUUGCAGUGGAUUGGGAGUCUCUGGGUUACAAUAUUACUCGAUGUCACACUUUCAAUGUAACUAUUUGCUACCACUACUUCCAUGGUCACAAUGAGAACAAAGCAAACUGCUUGGAUAUGGACCCCAAAGCGCCCCAGCAUGUGGUGGAUCACCUGCCUCCUUACACAAAUGUCAGCCUCAAAAUGAUCCUAACUAAUCCUGAAGGGCGAAAGGAGAGUGAGGAGACCAUUAUUCAAACAGAUGAAGAUGUGCCUGGCCCUGUACCUGCAAAAUCACUAAAAGGGACCCCGUUUGAAGACAAGAUCUUCCUGAACUGGAAGGAACCUGUGGAUCCAAAUGGCAUCAUUACGCAGUAUGAGGUUAGCUAUAGCAGUAUAAGGUCAUUUGACCCUGCUGUCCUAGUGGCGGGACCCCCACAGACAGUGUCAAAGGUCUGGAACAGUACACACCAUGUAUUUUCACAUCUGCACCCUGGUACUACCUACCAAUUCUUUAUACGUGCCAGCACAGUCAAAGGGUUUGGACCAGCGACAGCAAUCAACGUAACAACCAACAUCUCAGCUCCUACUUUACCGGACUAUGAAGGAGUUGACGCAUCUCUCAAUGAAACUGCUACUACCAUAACUGUAUUGUUGAGACCAGCUCAAGCCAAAGGUGCUCCUAUCAGUGCUUACCAGAUUGUUGUUGAGGAGCUGCAUCCACACCGAACAAAGCGAGAAACAGGCACAAUGGAGUGCUACCAAGUCCCAGUCACAUACCAAAAUGCUUUAAGCGGAAGCUCACCAUAUUACUUCGCUGCUGAAUUGCCCCCUGGUAACCUUCCUGAACCAGCCCCUUUUACUGUCGGUGACAACAGAACAUACCAGGGCUUUUGGAACCCACCACUGGCUCCUCGGAAAGGCUACAAUAUCUAUUUCCAAGCCAUGAGCAGUGUUGAGAAAGAAACUAAAACUCAGUGUGUUCGAAUAGCUACGAAAGCAGCAACAGAAGAACCAGAGGUGAUUCCAGACCCAGCCAAGCAGACAGAUCGUGUGGUGAAAAUAGCAGGAAUAAGUGCUGGAAUUCUGGUAUUCAUCCUCCUCCUCCUAGUUGUCAUAUUAAUUGUCAAAAAAAGGAGGAGCUACUAUUCUUACUCCUACUAUCUCAAACUUGCUAAGAAACGCAAGGACGCCAUGGGGAACACCAGACAAGAAAUGACACACAUGGUGAACGCAAUGGAUAGGAGUUAUGCUGAUCAGAGCACCCUUCAUGCAGAAGAUCCUCUCUCAAUCACAUUUAUGGACUCUCAUAACUUCAGCCCCAGAUUGCCCAAUGAUCCACUUGUGCCGACUGCUGUGUUAGUGCCUAUUACUGAUGAGAAUCACAGUGCGACAGCCGAGUCCAGUCGCCUGCUGGAUGUCCCUCGCUACCUUUGUGAAGGAACAGAGUCCCCUUACCAGACUGGACAGCUGCAUCCGGCCAUCAGAGUAGCUGAUUUGCUGCAACAUAUUAACCUCAUGAAGACAUCUGAUAGCUAUGGUUUUAAAGAGGAAUAUGAGAGUUUCUUUGAGGGACAGUCAGCAUCUUGGGAUGUUGCUAAAAAGGAUCAAAACAGAACAAAGAACCGAUAUGGAAACAUUAUAGCAUAUGACCACUCCAGAGUGAUUUUGCAACCUGUUGAGGAUGAUCCUUCUUCAGAUUACAUUAAUGCAAACUAUAUAGAUAUUUGGCUGUACAGGGAUGGCUAUCAAAGACCAAGUCACUACAUUGCAACCCAAGGUCCAGUCCAUGAAACAGUGUACGAUUUCUGGAGAAUGAUAUGGCAGGAACAGUCAGCUUGUGUUGUGAUGGUUACAAAUUUAGUUGAAGUUGGACGGGUCAAGUGCUAUAAGUACUGGCCUGAUGACACCGAAGUUUAUGGGGACUUCAAAGUGACUUGUGUGGAAAUGGAGCCACUUGCGGAGUAUGUAGUCAGGACGUUCACCCUUGGAAGGAGAGGUUACAAUGAAAUCCGUGAACUUAAACAGUUCCAUUUCACAGGCUGGCCAGAUCAUGGAGUUCCUUACAAUGCCACAGGCCUCCUUUCAUUUAUACGUCGUGUCAAAUUGUCUAAUCCUCCUGGUGCCGGGCCUAUUGUUGUACAUUGCAGGUGUGUAGAGAAGAGUGCUGGUGCUGGACGAACUGGCUGUUACAUUGUGAUUGACAUCAUGCUAGACAUGGCAGAAAGGGAAGGUGUUGUGGAUAUCUACAAUUGUGUCAAAGCCUUACGGUCACGUCGCAUCAACAUGGUACAAACAGAGGAGCAGUACAUCUUUAUUCAUGAUGCCAUUUUGGAAGCUUGCUUAUGCGGAGAAACUGCUAUCCCUGUCUGUGAAUUCAAAGCUGCAUAUUUUGAUAUGAUUAGAAUAGACUCUCAGACAAACUCUUCACAUCUCAAAGAUGAAUUUCAGACCCUGAAUUCUGUGACACCUCGGCUGCAAGCUGAAGAUUGCAGCAUAGCCUGCUUGCCAAGGAAUCAUGACAAGAAUCGCUUCAUGGAUAUGCUGCCACCUGACAGAUGUCUGCCUUUCUUAAUUACUAUUGAUGGGGAGAGCAGCAACUAUAUCAAUGCUGCUCUUAUGGAUAGCUACAGGCAACCAGCUGCUUUCAUUGUCACACAACAUCCUUUGCCAAACACUGUGAAAGAUUUCUGGAGAUUAGUGUAUGACUAUGGCUGUACCUCUGUUGUAAUGUUAAAUGAAGUUGAUUUAGCACAGGGCUGUCCACAGUAUUGGCCUGAAGAAGGAAUGCUGAGAUAUGGUCCUAUUCAAGUGGAAUGCAUGUCUUGUUCAAUGGAUUGUGAUGUAAUAAACAGAAUUUUCAGGAUAUGCAAUCUAACAAGACCACAGGAAGGCUAUCUGAUGGUGCAGCAAUUCCAGUAUUUGGGAUGGGCUUCUCACAGAGACAUUCCAGGCUCCAAGAGAUCAUUUUUGAAGUUAAUUCUUCAAGUUGAAAAAUGGCAAGAGGAAUGUGAAGAAGGGGAAGGCCGAACUAUCAUUCACUGUCUGAAUGGUGGUGGUCGGAGUGGAAUGUUCUGUGCUAUAGGCAUAGUUGUUGAAAUGGUCAAAAGACAAAAUGUUGUUGAUGUUUUCCACGCAGUAAAGACGUUACGGAAUAGUAAGCCAAACAUGGUAGAAACUCCGGAGCAAUAUCGUUUCUGCUAUGAUGUCACUUUGGAAUACCUUGAAUCAUCUUAGUUGGAAUGGAUGUGACAAAGUGCACCAAGUAUAUGAAGCUCAGUAAACUGUUUUGACAACAGUUGUUCAACCUGUGAAGAGAGAUUUUAGUGAGGGGGACUUUUAAAAUUUAAAUGCAAAAGUAUUUUUCUUAUGAAGUUGUGGAUCUUAAUAAAAGAACUCAGUCUGUUUCUAUGCCUGUAUACAGUAUCAACAUUUAAUGUCACAUAAAUAAAUUUAAUGAAAUCCAGAGUCAGAAGAGAUUUGCUCAAAUUAGGACUUUUCAGUGUUUGUAUAUACAGCCAUCUCUCAAUUAGUAGAGCCACCAUCUGUUGCAUGUAUCAAUAUUUCCUAUAUGGUAUUAUUUUUCUUUUUCCUUUUCCUUUUGAUAAAUUGUUAAAGUAAAACAAAACUGUGCAGAUUGAUAGUAAAAUUCAUUCUUUAUACGUUUGAAGUGUUGCAACUCUAUAUAACUGGCUUAUUUUGUUUUAAUGUGCAAUGAUGGCUGGAUCACAUAAAGUUCUUUAUAGAGAAACUUCAACAUAAGCCAAAGACUCAAGUGUAAAUAUGUCUAUAUGGAGAAAGCACAUUGUAUUUAUUGUUUACUUGCAUUCCUUUUUGAUGGCUGAAAAAAACAAUCAUUUUUCUUGAAGAAAGCUUUUUUUGCUGAAAUCAAGUGUAAACGAUUUUUGUAGUUUAUUUUUUGUAUGUUGUAGUGUAAGUAGAAGAUAUACUUUUUAUGCAUAGAUGAGGAAACAUUGCUAUAGUGAUUUUGUUGUGUACAUGCUUGUGAAUUAAAUCCAUGUAAACAACUCGGUUAUAGAAGGUCUUUAACUACAGGACCAAAAUCAAAACAUUUUGCUGAAAAUGUAUAGUUUUUCACAGUUGCAUUAGUUGAACAUUGAUCGAAGGAAUAUAUAAGGAAACCGCACACAUUAAAAUGGCCUUGCUUAUGACUUGCACAGUGUUGGAAGUAGUUUCUAAGCACCGUUACAGUUUUAGGGGAACAAAUUAUUCAACAGUGCUUGAAGCACAGGUCAGGAGAAGAGGACAACAUGUAUCCUUUCAGGGUAAGAAGUUUGUUUGUUUAGCAAAUUGUAAAAUUAAAUGAUGUUUAUUUUGAUGUUUACAGACAUGUAAGCUUUGGCAUCUGACAAAGCAAAAUUUGAAUAAAUCAAUGCCAGAUUCUGGUUAUGGUCUUGGUGUACAAAACAGCUAUGUGUUUUUACUUAGUUCUUCUUCCACAGUAACAAGUCCUGACAUAUUUUGCUAGCUAAUAUCAUUUCAGUCUCCUGUUGUUUUUGGAAUUGACAGAAAAUGACAAGGCGCUUAUAAAUACUAAUGUAAAGUG